AUGCCACGCCGAACUGAGAUCUUUCUCGACGACAUACCACUAGACUUCUCUACAAGCUUAACCGUGUCGCCUUCUCAAGGGGAGUAUCAAGGAGGCUACUUCCCCGAGCUCACCAUACCGCCUUACCUCCGCUUGGACGAUGCCUGGAAAAACAUCCGAGAGCUACUUCCGCCAUCACUACAAGAAGUCCUAUGUCACUACGAGUUUACAACAUCUCUCUCACUCGCGAACGAUGACCCCGCAAAAGCAGCCUGGCAAACCUAUGUUCCUGAGAUGGCGCAGAACCACGACUUCCUGACGAAUUGCGUACUUUCCGUCGCCUCAUUACAUCUCGGUCGACUCUACGACCGCAAAGAGGACAAGAGGCGGAUGAACGCGUUAGCAGCGGCGCGUAUGAAUAAAGCUCUAGUGCGAUAUAGAACAGAGCUUCAAAACAUAACGCAAGAGAACGCAGCAGCACUCUUUGCGAGUUCGACAUUUACAGCUGUCUAUCUCUUCCGUACCUCCGCGAUAGACAUCGAGAACCUCAUAGCUUCGAUACCACCAGACACCACCAUUCCACCACCAGACAUAGCCGACAAAAUGCUAUCCUGCGCCCUCCGUACAAUCUGGGGCCUCCGCGGUCCCCUCACCGUCCUGCUCUCAGGCUGGAACUGGGUCGUAGGAAGUGAUCUCCAUCCCGUCACAGCCCGAGAAUGGUGGCCGCGAACCACCACGCCCGCGACCCCGCGAGCCCUUAACGAAGACGCCCGUCUCGCCGCCAUAGAAAACUUAUGGACGAACGACAGCGAAACAGACCUAGACCCACAACACCGCGAAUACCUCUCAGAAGCCCUCCUCUACCUCCGCCAAAGCUUCAAUCUCAUAAGCCAACUCACGCUACCUGAACGCUACCCACCCAUGACCGCAGUCCCCUACUCCAUCGACGACACAACCAUCUCCACGCUCAAAGACCGCGGCGCAAUCUUCGUCUGGGCGACGCGCAUACCCCGCGACUUCCUCACCUUGGUCGAAGCCAAAAACGCACAUGCGCUCGUUGUCCUAGCGCACUAUGCCGUGUUGCCUGGUAGAGUGCGGAAUGUGUGGUGGCUUGAGGGGCUGGGCGCGGAUAUCGUGACGGCGGUUGCGAUGGUACUGGGACGGGAGAAGUGGGGGUUGAUUGAGUGGCCUGCGAGGGUUGUGGGACUGGAGCUUGAGAGGGGGGUUGUGGGCGAGAGGAGGAGGGGGAGGGAGGAAGGGGGGUCGUGGGAGAUGUGUAUGGAUGUUAUAUAA